AUGGGCAGUUACGCGGGCAUUGACAAGAAGGCAUGCGAGGGCAGAAGUUGCUGCUGGCACCCGUUCAUCGACGUGGACAACAAGGGAGGCCCCAGGCUGGAGCAGCCCUCCUGCUUCUUCACAAACACAGCACAGAAUGCCUACGCCGUGACCGAUGUCAAUGAGACCGCCGCCGGCGUUGAGGCGCUGCUGGAGCUGAGGAAGGAGGCCUCCCCGGAGCUGGGAGUAGACUUGAAAUACCUGAAGCUGGAAGCGGACACUCGCAUCCCGGACAUUCUGCGCGUUCGCAUCACCGACCCCCAUGACAAACGCUGGGAGGUUCCCCGCGAGCUGCUGGCGCAGACACCCGAGGAGGUCGCAGACGCCAACUCCAAGGCGGAGCCGCACAAGUACCGCUUCGACUACACGCCGGAGCCCUUCAGCUUUGAGGUUACGCGCACGGGGCCUGCCGCCGCCCCGGGCGAGCCUGCACUCUGGAACACUACCGGGCUUCGCAUGCUGUACAAGGAUCAGUACCUGGAGCUGACCUCAUGGGUUCCUCCCACUUCCACCAUCUACGGGCUCGGCGAGCGCAUCUCCUCCAGCGGGCUGAAGGUGGGCCGUAACGGGCGGCCGCUGGCGAUGUGGAACCGCGAUUGUACGGACUACCCGGACCUCAACCUCUACGGCUCCCACCCAUUUGUGCUCGAAGUUCGCGAGGACGGGAGCGCGCAUGGAAUGUUACUCUUCAACUCGAACGGAAUGGAUGCGGUGGUUACUGAGGACAAGGUCAGCUGGCGCGUCACCGGGGGCGUCCUUGACAUCUUCAUCUUCCCAGGGCCUAACCCCAUGCAGGUCCUGGAGCAAUACACCCGGCUGUUUGGCCGCCCCGCCAUGCCCCCGCUCUGGGCGCUCGGAUUCCACCAAUCGAAGUACGGCUAUGCAUCCAUAUGGGAGAUGCAAGAAGUUGUGGACAACUACACGGCGGCGGAUAUUCCCCUUGACACCAUGUGGGGGGAUAUUGACUACAUGGAGCACCAGCGAGACUUUACCUUCGACCCAGUCAACUUCCCCCUGCCAGCUGUGCAGGCGCGCGAGUUUGUAGAGCGCCUGCACAACAACAGCCAGCGCUUCGUGCCAAUUCUGGACCCGGGCAUCCCCCUGCUGCCGGGCUUUCCCGCCUACGAGGACGGCCUCAAGCGCGGCAUCUUCAUCACUGAUGUCACUGGCCAGCCCUACAUCGCUGAGGUCUGGCCUGGGGCGGUGCAUUUCCCCGACUUUAUAAACCCUGAGGGGCAGGCGUGGUGGUUGGAUCACAUCCGCGAUUUCCACGCGUUGGUGCCCUUUGAUGGGCUCUGGGUGGACAUGAAUGAGGUGUCCAACUUCUGCACCGGCCACGUGUGCGAGCUGCCGCCCGAUGGCAUCUUGGAUUUCGUCGAUCCCAGCGUGGGAAAGCCAUUCUUCACGUUCGGGACGGAGCCGCCGGCGUGCCGCCUGCAAUGCUGGUCGCUAGAGCCAUACCUCAAGCAAUGGCUGCUUCAGGAGCAGUCGACGCGAAACAUGCCGGGCAGCAUAAACGGCAAUGCAAAGAAGGGCGCCUUCAUCGGCUCCCUGGUGAAGGGUGUGGCUGAAACUGUUGGGACACGCGCCUGGCAGGAGCCCGAGCUGGAGCGCGCUGCCUGGGAGAUUUUCCUGAAGGUGGAUGCGCCGCCCUACUCGAUCGCAAACAACAACGUCCGGCUGCCGCUUAGCUUCCGUACAAUGCCCGUUACGGCCCGCCACUACGACGGCUCCCUGCAGUACAACACCCAUAAUCUUUACGGACUGAGCCAGGCGGCCGCCACUGCCCGCGCGCUGCACACCCUGCACGACGGCGCCAAGCGGCCAUUUGUGCUCACGAGGCGCGUUACCAAUCUCUGCUCUCGCUUGUCUACCUUUGUGGGAUCUGGGGGCUAUGCGGCGCACUGGACGGGGGACAACGCCGCCACGUGGGAUGACCUGAGAUGGUCUGUAGUGGGAGUGCUGGAGGCCGGCAUCUUGGGCAUGCCCAUGGCAGGGGCGGACAUCUGCGGGUUCCUGGGCAUUACCACGGAGGAGCUCUGCGCUCGGUGGAUUAGCGCCGGUGCCUUCUACCCCUUCGCGCGAUCCCACUCCGAUCUCACCUCCGGUUACCAGGAACUCUACCGCUGGCCGAAAGUGACGGAGGCCGGCCGCAAUGCGCUGGGAUUGCGAUAUCAGCUCCUGCCGUACCUCUACACCGCGUUUCGUCACACCGCCGGGCACGGCUGCCCGCUCGCGCGGCCGCUCUUCUUCGGGUGGCCGCAGGACGCCACCGCACGCGACGUUGAUUCGCAGUGGCUCAUGGGCGAUUCCGUGCUAGUAACCCCCGUGCUGGAUGAGGGGGCGGAAAGCGUGCAGGGCUAUUUCCCCCAGGGUGUAUGGUACGACAUUUCCGACGAGACUCCGGUCGACGCAUCUACCGCCGGCCGCUUUGUGCGCCUGCCCGCCCCUCUCACCCACCUGCCGGUGCACGUUCUCGGCGGCGCUGUAGUUCCAAUGCAGGAGGCCAGGAUGACUACGGCUGAGACCUUGCAAACGCCGCUGACGUUGCUGGUGGCGUUCCCCCGGCUGCCGAUGCAGGGGGCCCCCCGGGAGGCGCUGCGCUGUGGCCCGGCGCCCCCCGACAGCGCCGCCCUCGGGGGAACCGCCAGCAGAUCACUCGUGGCUUGGGGCCAGCUCUACACGGACAGGGGGGACCAGGUGCUGGACGUGGCGGGCGGCGUGGACUCCGGGUUCAUCAAUUUCCGGGCCAAGGCGCAGCCGGACGGCACCGGCAUCCUCUCCGGCACUUUCAGCGCCGACGGAGAGUGGGAUGAGGCGCACCAGGGUGAGUGCGCGGAGGGGCUGCCCUGGCCGCUGCUGGACCGAGUACGUGUUUUGGGCCUGCCCGGCCGCAUCGACCCGGCAUCGAUUAUAUUCGAGACCCUUGCCCCCGGCAAGAUCCACCCCGCCACCACCCAGAAGCUGUCGCCCUCCCAGGUCUCGCAGGAGGAGGGGCGGAUCGGCCAGGUGGACAUCACAGGGCUCAGUCUUGAGCUUGAUUGCCCCCUCGGCUUCAGGCUACUCUGGAUGCUGGAGAAGCCUCACAACGAUGAGCUCUGAUAGCAGCCGCACCUAGGCCUGCAGAGCAGCCUGGAAAGGACACAUGAGACAGCAUGAAGAAUGAGCCGGCAGCAUGGAAAAUGUGAAAAAUGCAAUUGAGGGAGCAGUAGCCGAUGCGUCGCAAGCACCAAAGCAGUGUUGAGCGCCCUCAGAAUCGGAUGCGGAACAUCACAGGACAGUUGCUGGGUUGAGGAAUUUGGCAGCAUUGUAGACACGGACCCGCUGACAGGAACCCUGUCAGCGGGUCAUUGUUUCCAAUGGGAAACCAAUGGGAAACCAAAAAUUGCAGAGUAGCCUGCAUCCACAGUAAUGAAGGGAUACACAUGACAUCAAAUACCCUUGAGCCCUCUUAGAGCGCCAUCAUUGCUGACAUGGGGAGGGGUUCUAGAGAUUGGACUCACAUUUGUUGUGAAUUGCAUGUGGCACUGCAUGCAGACCAUUUGGAUGCUCGUUCAGAACAUCCUGCUAGCAGAAUUGGCUUUGUGUUGCGUUGUCAUUGGUGGGUCCAGAAACAAUGUGUUUCAUUGUGUGUGCAGAGAAGCCUGCAUAACGGACAAACAUGCAUGGUCCGUCUGAAGGUGAAGUAUAAUAUUAAGAAACUCGCGGAACUUUAAAAAUUUACUUUAUAAA